CCCCAGCAGAGAGGUCACCUACCACAGCAGGUGGCAGUGACAGGGAUGUGUCAGUGGCACGGGCAGCACCAGGGUCCUGCUGUCCUCUUGCUUCCUCUUGGCACAGGGCAGGAGCAGACAGCCUGAGCUGGGCAGGCCCACUUCAUGGAGAGGGGACACCAUGACGCAGCCCCCUGCAGUGCCACAGGGACGGGGACAGAACAACAUCUGAUGGCGCCCGAUGGGCCCCUUGUCUUUGCUGGCUCAAGCCCAGCCAACGUGGGCUUUGCCUGCACCUUCUGGACCUCAGCUGUGCUCCCACCACCAUUCGAGUCCUGUCUAGGCCCUGCCACCCUGCAACAGAGAAGUACUGCUCUCCAGGGCCCACAACUUCCUAGAAAAAGUGAGAAAAACAGUGAGAAAGAGACACUCUCGAAAGCUCAAAGCGUGGAGAAAACUAAAGUAAAAGAAAAACAUCUUCAGCAGGCCAGGAGAAGAGAAGAAGUACUAGCUCUCCAGAGGAAACAGAGAGAAGAAAGGAUUGCAAAAGAGCUGAUGUCUCACUCACAUAAACCAAAGGUCAAAACUGAUCAAGUAAGCAGGCGGAAGGUGUCUGAAGCUGACCUUAUGGAUCAAGAAGCAGUAAAGGCCCUUAAAUAGUUCAGCUAAAUUGUCUGAUGGAGAGAAUAAAGUGUUUCUUUGCCCCAGAAAAAAUAUCCUGCUAUCAGAAGCAUGCUGCUUUGGACCUCAAGCCAUGUACAUUCCUCUUUUGACUACAUAUCUAGUUGCUCCUACUGAGACAUGGCAUGAAUGUGAC